UAUGGAGUAAGGAAAAUGGAAGCUGCAUUUGGAAUUAUGGUAACAGUAAUGGCUAUCUCAUUCGCAUACAUGUUUUUUGAUGCAAAACCUAGCGGAAGGGAACUAUUAGUAGGUACAGUAGUUCCAAAACUGAACUCUGGGACAAUUCAACAAGCAGUAGGAAUUUUCGGAUGUGUGAUAACUCCACAUAACGUAUACCUACAUUCUGCUCUAGUACAAUCUAGGAAGGUGGACAUAAACAAAGUUGGUGAAGUUCAAGAGGCAAUCAACUAUUACUCAAUUGAAUCAUCAGUGGCUCUCCUUGUCUCCUUCAUGAUAAACCUUUUCGUUACAACUGUUUUUGCCAAGGGAUUCUAUGGAACAAACAAGGCUACUAGCGUAGGCCUCGAAAACGCGGGCAAGUACCUUGAGGAAAAAUAUGGAGGGGGUGUUCUGCCCAUUCUUUAUAUAUGGGGUAUUGGGUUAUUAGCAGCAGGGCAAAGUAGCACCAUAACUGGAACAUAUGCUGGCCAGUUUAUCAUGGGAGGUUUUCUUAAUAUUCAGUUAAAUGAAUGGCUAAGAGCUGUCAUAACAAGAAGUUUUGCAAUUGUGCCUACAAUCAUUUUAGCUAUUGUCUUUGAUACAUCAGAUGGUGCUAUGGAUGUUAUGAAUGAGUGGCUAAAUGUGCUUCAAUCUAUUCAAAUUCCUUUUUCAUUGAUACCUCUUUUUACUAUUGUGUCAAAGGAACAUGUCAUGGGAGUUUUCAAAAUAGGACCUACACUUGAGAAGGUGGCAUGGAUAGUGUUAGCUGUGGUAAUGGUGAUCAACAUCUAUGUUCUAUUAGAUUUUUUCAUGAAUAUAGUUGAUGGACUACUACUCGGAGUUAUCUUUUGCAUUAUAUCAGCAGCAUAUAUCGCGUUCAUCAUUUAUCUUAUUGCUCGAGAUGGUUUUUUUCCUAUGAAUUUUCUAAGUAGAAGGUUGUUUGAAAGAUUUUCUUAUUCCAAUGGAAUUGAACUCACAAGAACAUCUCAACUUCAAGAGUUGUAA